GAACUCGCAGGUGAGCGGACCAGUACCAAACCCUCACAAGUCACAGGAAGGACUGCGGACUAGGGAGGCUAAGGUCAGCAAUUAUCCACGCCAAACGCCAGAGGAACCUAUCCCAAUCCUUAUCUUGAAUAUCUUUCCUACUGCUACUUGUCAUAUACAGAUUCAAACACAAACCUGCAACUGUUUUUGAUACCAUUUCUCCCACCCCAAAACUCUCACACCUUAUCUUUAAUUUCCAUUCCAAUGGCUUCCAUCUCUCUCCCUAAGCACACCCUCUCAUCUGUUUUCCCCCCAACAAACCCCAAAAACCCAUCUUGUCAAAUCCUCCCAAUUCUGUCCAGUGCGUCACAGUCUCAAUUUUAUGGCGUCAAGCUCUCUACUCGUUCUUAUUCUCUUUCAAUUCCAAGUUCCUCUUUCAGUAGGAGCUCUAUUUUUGCAAAGGUCUCAAAAGGAGAUGUCCCUCCCUCGUUUACAUUGAAGGAUCAAGAUGGGAAGAACGUUAGCCUUUCCAAAUUCAAGGGGAAGCCGGUUGUCGUCUAUUUCUACCCUGCUGAUGAGACCCCCGGCUGCACCAAACAGGCCUGUGCAUUCAGAGACUCCUACGAGAAGUUUAAGAAAGCAGGAGCAGAGGUUGUGGGGAUCAGCGGAGAUGAUGUAGCAUCACACAAGGGAUUUGCAAAGAAAUACAGGCUGCCCUUCACAUUGUUGAGCGAUGAAGGUAACAGGAUAAGGAAAGAAUGGGGAGUGCCGGCUGAUUUGUUCGGAACGUUGCCCGGGAGACAGACUUACGUGCUCGACAAAAAAGGUGUGGUUCAGCUCAUCUACAACAAUCAGUUCCAACCUGAGAAGCAUAUCGAUGAGACUCUGAAGCUACUUCAAAGCUUAUGACCUUUCUUUCUAAUUUCUUUUUCUUUUCAUUUUCCCUGCAAGUACGUUGUAGUUGUAUAAUCCCAGAUUGAGCUCCGACCCUCCUAUCCAACCCAAGCACGCAUGGCGGGACAGCCAUUGUUGGAACUUGCAACCGUGUAAAGAAUAUAUAUCAAUUAUUAUUAUAUUAAUUGGAAGUACGCCCAUUAUUGUUGGAUGCAA